GCAACCACAACUUGCCUGCAACCGCAUAUGGGACAAAUAAUUGCGAUAGGCGUGUGCAUUGUCUGGCAACUGGCGUUACAACCACCUCCACAUCUUUUGUUUUUUUUACUAUCAUCAUCUAACGAUACCGGCUCAUCUAUAAGAUACCCCACUCAUUCAUUCUUCACUAACACAUCAACACCAUGAACACCUCCCCAACACACGAUUGCAAAAGCGGCUUCCUCACGCAACUCUUUACGCUGCGCCGCAGGAAUCGAAACAUGCAUGUCGAGCCCUACAUUAUCCAUGAUCCCGCAGAUGAUGCACCACCACCACCACCUCCCAAAGAUUACAGGCGUGCAUCAGCGUCUACGCGGCACACUUUUCUAGGAGAAGAAUACAGUAGCAGGAAGCCCCUUCUAUUCGAUGUCGACCUUGACGUCCUAGCGCGGCCACCGCAACACGCAUCGCAGCCAAUCCCCGUCAUCCAGCAAAUGCCGCCCCGGGUUCCUAUCAAGGCAUAUUCACCUCCUACCAUACCAUUGACGCCCGAAGAGAAAGAGCGCCGUAGAUUGGUAGCGCAACGCCAAUCCCAGCUGGAAAAAGAAGCCAUGCUGAGGGAAGAACAUGAACGCCAAGAGACGAAACGACGUGAGAAAGCGGAGCAAGAACGCCUACAGCGCGAGGAAGAAGAGGAAAGGAAAGCAAUGCUGCAAGAGGAACUGCGGGCUGCAGCACUAAGAAAAGCGAGAAUAGAGAGAGAGAGGAUAGAAACAGAAGAACGGCAAUUGCAAGAGCUACGAGAGAGGAAACGACUAGAGAAAGAGCGGCGGCUGCAAUACACGAAGGAAAUGGAACAGUGGCGAGCAGAGCAGAUGCGGCGCGUCGAGUCUCAGUGCAGUGAGAAGGAAGAGGAGCGUAGACGAUCAGCGGAAGGGAGACGUAUGAGAGUUGCUCGCAUGAACGAGGAAUUAUUCUCCGCCAGUGGGACAGACAAGAUGGCAGGGUGGGUCACGGUACAACCGCCCAACACGCUGGCGUGGAAGAGGCGAUAUUACACAUUUGAACUGGGCCACGCAGAGUCCAAGAUGUUGCUAUACGGAAAUCCAAGGGAGGUUGUGAAUCCCUUGGACGUCCUCCCUCUACACGGACGGAUCGAUUCACUUGCAGAGUGGUACGAGGGCUUCGAGGAACUAGAAGCAAUCCCCCACUCAUUUGCUCUGCGCUUUGUCGAUGGCGUCGAAUGGCGGAUGUUCGCAGAUUCGGCAGAAGAAAAGGAUCGACUGCUGGUGCUGUUGAGUGAGGCGGCGGGAAUAAUCUUGUGAAUUAUCUGUGAAGUUUUUAUUCGUUAACUUACAAGACACGGCGAGGGAUGAUAUAAAUGUGUAUUCCUAGUAGCAGAGUCCAUAUGUAGCUUGUUCUAGUCCUUCAGCAGUUGUCUGUACAAGUACUACUUGCAAGCAAAUACGGGGACAAGACACAAAAGCUUGAAAUAAGCUCUCCUCAAAGUGACACUUGACAGUCAACGCCAGGCCUUCGACGCGUAAGUAUCGCUGUCACUGUGCUCUUGAAGCUGGACACUGGCAUAGUUGAAACGUCCU